GAGCAGAUUACGUUUUUCCAGCUCCAGCAAUGGAUGUUGAGAGCGCGCGGCAGUUGGACGCGCCACUGGCGGCGGAGCCAAGCAAUGAAGCCUUCCAGGGUAACUGCAUCUCACGGUCCUUCUUGACCUGGGUGUUUCCACUGUGCCGGCGCUCGGCUGAUGUGGAGCAGCUGCAGGUUUCCGACCUCUUCGAGGUCGAAGCAGACGCCAGGCCAGAGGUUCAGGUGAAGUCCUUCCUGGAGCGGUGGAGAGCCAAGGUGGGUAGCCUGCCAGGGCGGCAGCGCCGGCGGAGUGGCUGGCUGCUCCUGCGCGUGCUGGGGGCGUUGCAUAUCCCGCGGCUGCGAUGGUACUGGAUGCUGCGGCUGAUGCAGGCGUUUCUUGACUUCAGCUUUCCCUUGUUUUUGAACCUCCUUGUGAAGUUCGUGGAGCAGGACAAUGCGCCUGUUUGGCAAGGCCUGCUUCUUAGCUUGGCGCUGUUCUCUUCCGAGAGCCUAUGUGCACUGGUGGAUGCUGCCGCGUCCGUUGGGUUGCAGGCGAUUGGGCUGCGUAUUCGAGCAUCGCUGGUGUCCGCCAUCUUCCGCAAAGUACUUCUCCUGCGGCAAGACUCCAUGCUUAGCUUCUCUACGGGCAAGCUGAACAACAUGAUAACCACAGAUGUGGACAAGGCGCGGCGCGCCCUGCGCUAUCUCCAUGUGCUCCUACUUACAGCGCCCCUGAAGAUCUUCAUCUCCCUGUGGUCUCUGCAUAGCUUGGUGGGGCCAUCGGUCUUCAUCGGCCUGAGCUGGAUGGGGGUGGUGAUCCUGCUCAACCCAGCGAUGAUGUACAUCAUGAACCGGUUGGAGGACAGGCAGCAGGCGACCACGGACGAGCGCGUCCGAAAGGUGACCGAGGUGAUUUCGUCCAUCAACGUCAUCAAGUGCUAUGGCUGGGAGGAACCGGCGACUGCCAAGGUGGAGGAGGCGCGGAGCGCCGAGCUGUUGGCCCUCUGGCGGCUCUACUGCCUCUACACAGUCUUCGAGGGGCUUUGGUCCAGCAUCGUCCCUUGCUGCACCGCCUUGAUGUUUGCAUCCUACACCUGGCUGAACCCAGAGAAGCCUCUCACUCCUGCACAAGCCUUCACCGCCAUCAGCCUCCUUAGCAUGGUCCAGGACCCGCUCUUCACGAUCCCCUGGGUGCUGAACCUCAUCAUCGAGGCCUUUGUGGCGGCCAAGCGGAUCGAAGGGCUCUUCUGGCUCACCGAGUCCCAGCUGCCCGCCAUCUCUGCCUUGGGAACCUUCCUUCCGUCUGCGCAGGAGGAACACCACCGUCGGGCUUCGAUGGCCAGCAUGGUCCCACCACUGAAGCUCGACACCGGAAGCGCCAUUCGCCUGGACCACGCAUCCUUUGCGUGGAAGGAUGAGGAAUCAGAAGAAGGUAGCCGGAACCCAGAGUCCAUGGAGCAGGGGGAGCGGCGAGGCGACUUUCAGCUCGAAGACUUGACACUGCAUGUACAGAAGGGCUCCCUUGUUGCAGUGGUCGGCCCGACGGGUUCUGGAAAGUCGUCCUUCUUGCAGGCUUUGCUGGGCGAGAUGCCAAAGAAAGAGGGGUCUGGCAAGGUCGAGGUCUCCCGGACCAAGCCCAUCGCUUUCGUGCCACAGCAGCCGUGGGUCUUCAACGCCACGAUCCGACAGAACAUCCUCUUUGGGGAGCCAUACUCAGAGAUCCACUACAAAGACUGCCUCCGAAGCUGUGACUUGGAGGAGGACCUGAAGAAUCUUCAGGCUGGCGAUCAGACCCGGGUGGGAGAGAAGGGCAUUGCCCUCAGUGGGGGCCAGAAAGCCCGCAUCUGCCUUGCACGCGCUGCAUACAGGAUGAGGGACAGCAACAUCUACCUCCUGGAUGAUCCCUACAGUGCACUGGACUCGCGCGUUGCAUGGCGAUGCCACGAGGCUCUCGUCACAGGCCUGCUGGCUCGGAAGACGCGCGUGGUGGCAAUGAACAGGCUAGAAUUCUUGAGCUCGUGCGAUCAGGUGGUGGUCAUGUCCAAUGGCCAGAUCGAGGCUGCAGGGCGCUAUCAGGAGGUGGUCCAGAGCAGCACCGUGCUCCAGGCGCUGCUCAAGUCCCAGGGCCUGGCGGAGCGCGCGCAGGCGCAGGCGGAGCUGCCGUGCUCGUCUCCGCCGACCUUCUCCCGUGCUUUGAGUGCCAGCUCGGGUGGCUCUGCUCCUGAUGGCCACCAUGAGGAGGAGGAGGAGGACGACGAGGAAGCUGAAGGUGUGGAGGAGGAGGAGAGGGCCACCGGCCAGAUCAAGAAGGAGGUCUUCGUGUACUACCUCCGGGCGAUGGGUGGCUGCUGCCGCGUGUCCUUGCUCUCUUCGUUGUACAUAGGUUCCGAGGCUGUCACGCUCUGCCUGCCCGUGUGGCUGGCGGUGUGGACGGCAGCGUCGACGGGGGCUAGCGAGGUCUCCCUGGACCUAACGAUGUACUAUCUCUCCAUCUACGUGAUCCUCAGUGUUCUGGUCAUUGUUCUGGCCACCCUCCGCGACUUGGCGGGCAACGUCUACGGCUUCAUGGCCGCCAGGCGGCUGCACCUGGCCAUGUGGACUUCGGUGCUGCGCGCGCCGAUGUCCUUCUUCCAGGACACUCCCCAGGGGCGGAUCAUCAACCGCUUCUCCAAGGACAUGUCUGAGAUUGACAAGGAUGUGGUUUGGACCGUGAUCAACACCUUCGUCCCAGUCCUCGGCGUCCUUGGCAACUUUGCCAUGGUUGGGGGUAUUGCCUACUACUCCGUGAUCGCCUUCCUGCCGGCUUUCUUCUUCUACUACAAGCUGUGGAAGUACUACAACAAGGCCGUCCUCGACGUGAAGCGCAUUUCAAAAGUCCAGGGCAGCCAUGUGUACGACCAUUUCAACAACCUCUGCCGGGAGAAUGCCAUCAGUGUGGUCAGAGCUUUUCGGCAGGCGGAGCAGCAGUGCCGAAUGAGCGACGGCUUCAUCGUGGACCAACAGCGACCCGAUUACACGCAGAUGUUCCUGUCGCAAUGGUUCUCCUUGCGGAUCGAACUGCUGGGCUCCAUCCUCACCCUGCUGGUGUCUGUGUUCAUCACGCUCGGCCGCGAGGGGCUCGUUUCGCCCAGCAAGGCGGCACUCGUCCUCAACUUCGCAGGGGAGUGCACUGGCAGCAUUGAGCAGCUCAUCGGACAAGUGGCGGAGUUCAGCAUGGCAUUCAACUGCGUGGAGCGAGUCCGCCACUAUGCGGAGGAGCUCCCCAGCGAAGCGCCUGCCGUCACGGAGCUUCGCCCUCCUCCGGGGUGGCCAAACAGGGGAGUGCUACAGGUGAAGGACCUGCAAUUGCGCUACAAGCCGCACCUUCCGCUGGUGCUGAAGGGCCUCACUUUCACUAUGAAGGAGGGCGAGCGUGUGGGCGUGGUCGGCCGGACAGGCGCCGGCAAGUCAUCCCUGCUGCUGGCCCUCCUUCGCAUCGCCGAGCCGGAGCCGGGCUCCUCCAUCGAGCUUGAUGGUCAGGACGUUCUGCAGAUGGGCCUCCAGGAUCUUCGCCGGGCCGUGGCCAUGAUUCCGCAGGAGCCAGUCCUCUUCCAGGAGACCCUGCGCUACAAUUGCGAUCCCUUCGACCAGCACAGUGCAGAGGCUAUCUGGGACGCUUUGCGCGAGGCCCAGCUGGCCUCCUGGGUGCGACGACGCGGUGGCGAGGAGGCUGACCCAGCAAGAGAAGAGGACGACGUUGACUACGAGGACAGAGGCACCAAUCCGCCGGCGUCCCAACUGCAGAAGCUGCUCUCGCUCGAAAUCAAGGAGAACGGCCAGAACCUGUCCGCCGGGCAGCGGCAGAUGGUGGCCAUUGCACGCGCCGUGCUGCGGAGCUCGAAGUUGGUGGUGCUCGACGAAGCCACGGCGGCCGUGGACGCCUCCACGGACGAAGCGCUGCAGAAAGCCAUCCGCCGGUGCUUUACUGGUGCCUCAUCCCUCACCAUUGCGCACCGUCUGCAGACCAUCAUUGACUGCGAGCGCAUCCUGGUCCUUGCUGAGGGCAAGAUUGCAGAGUUCGACUCACCAAAGGUGCUGCGGGCCGACGAACGCGGAGUCUUCCGAAGCAUGCUGGACGAAGUGGAGCACGCGUGA